CAAAUGGAAUCUGUCAACGUUGCAUGUUUGAUUGUUUGUCAUCAUUUAUUUUAGAGGUUAGUUUGUGUUAUUUAAAAUUGUAAAAGCAAGUACAUAUAUGACUAUCCCAUCUCAAAAUAAAUAAUCGGUAUGAAGAUACCUUCACCAAACUUAAUAGGCAUAACAUCGAUUUGAAUAUUGGAUCGUUGGACAUUAUUCUUCCAUCGAAAUCAUUUUCGAAACAGUAAUUUAUCUACUGCUGAUGAAAGCCAAAUCAAAGAAAAAAAAUGAAUCAUAUAGAUUGGAAAAGACAAAAACUAGAAAAAGAAAAUUAUCUUUGAAUAGUAACUCAUCAGAAAGUGAAGAUUCCCAUUCAAAAAAAAGAAGAAAAGAAAAAAAGAAAAGAUCUAGUUCCACUGCUUCAUUGAGCCCGUCAUCUUCCUCAUCAUCUUCAACAGCAAGUUCAUCUUCACUUUCAGGUGACUCUUCAUCUCCAGAAGAGAGGAUUUCUAAAAGGAAAAAUGUAGCUAAAAUUCAAAAGAAACAUAAGAAAUAUUCAUCUACCAGUUCAUCAUCCUCAAGUAGUAAUUCAUCAUCAGAAGAAGAAAAAACUUUGGCUAAAAAAGUAAAACAUUCAAAAAAUGUAAAAAAGAAGAAAACUAAAAGAGAAUCUUCUACAUCAUCUUCUACAAGUACUAGCAGUAGCAGCAGUGAUAGUAGCAGCAGCAGUUCUUCUAGUGAUGAGAACAGGAAAAAAAAAGAAAAAAGGAAAAAACAAAAAAAGAAAGAGGCAGAAGCAAAUUGUAUGGACAUUCCACUGAGUUUACAGAACAAUGACAGAUCUAUGGUACCUAUGACUAAAGAAGAGUGGGAUAAGAAGCAGUCUGUCGUCACUAAAGUGUAUGAAGAAUCUACAGGACGUCAUAGACUUGUUAGAGGUAAUGGUGAAGUUCUAGAAGAGAUAGUAAGCAGAGAACGUCAUAAAGCAAUUAAUCAACAAGCAACCAAAGGAGAUGGACAAUUCUUUCAAAACAAGUUAUACAAAAUUUAACUAAAUAACAAUGAUUUUCAGUAAACAAAGGACUUAUGAAUUUUUACUACAAUAUGAAACAAAUGUUGUUAAUGAUAUAAAGGGACAAUGUUAGAAUA